AUGGCGGCUCCCACACAGUUGGCUUAUCGUACCUCCAAGGGCAUCGGGGUCCUCAAUGCGGCACCCGCAUACGAGGCUCUUCCUGGAUUCACACCGCCUGAGGGCAACCUUCGUUGUAAAUGUUACUCGCCUGAUAGCAGGUACUUCGCCUGGGCGUCGCCUGAACAGGUUUCGGUCAUCGACGCCUCCAAUGGCAACCUUGUUUCGACCGUGCCCGCUGUCAACGUCUUCCAGCUCGGUUUCUCCCCGCUGGGCACAUACAUCAUCACAUGGCAGCUGCCUUCGAAGGACGAGGAGGGCAACGCCAAGAAGAACUUGAAGGUCUGGAAGACACUGCCUGAUGAGGCUGAGGGUGCCGAGCGCGUAGUGGUCGGCGAAUACGUGCAGAAGUCCCAGACCGGCUGGAAUCUGCAGUACUCUCCCGACGAGAAGUUCUGCGCCCGCUGUGUGACCAACGAGGUUCAGAUUUUCCAGUCUGAAGAUCUGCGCAACCCAUGGAACAAGCUUCGCGAGGAAGGCGUGACUGAUUUCGCCCUGUCGCCCGGCAAGAACCAUUCAGUUGCAGUUUUUGUUCCGGAGCGCAAGGGAAUGCCCGCAUCCGUCAAGGUCUACCAAGUGCCUCAAUUCACCUCGCCCGUGUCUCAGAAGACUUUCUUCAAGAGCGACAAGGUCCAGCUGAAGUGGAACGAUCUUGGUACCAAUGUUAUUGUACUGGCCCAGACCGACGUCGACAAGACCAACAAAAGCUACUACGGCGAGACGAACAUGUACAUCCUGAGCGCCAACGGCUCUUUCGACUCGCGCAUCCAGCUUGAUAAGGAAGGACCUAUCCACGAUGUAUCUUGGUCGCCCAACUCGAAAGAGUUCGGCGUCGUGUAUGGCUAUAUGCCUGCAAAAACCACUAUCUUCAACGCUCGAGCUAUCCCUCAGCACAGCUUCGAUCUAGGCCCGAGGAACACCAUCAACUUCUCACCCCACGGCCGUUUCGUACUUGUCGGCGGGUUUGGUAACCUGGCAGGAGAUGUUGACAUCUACGAUUUGGAAAGGAACUACCACAAGGUCUGCACCAUCAAGGCCGCCAACUGCACCUAUUGCGAGUGGAGCCCUGAUGGCAGGCACAUUCUUACCGCGACUACUAGCCCGCGUCUCCGCGUCGACAACGGUAUCCGUAUCUACCAUAUUACUGGACCCCUUAUGUAUAACCAGGAUAUCAACGAGCUGUACCACGUCACUUGGCGCCCGCAGUCGCCUCAGCAGCACCCCUUGGAUAACGUGUUGACUGCACCUGCACCCCACCCAUCUGCGGCGUCUUUCACUGCCACCCAGAAGACUCCCUCCAAGCCCGUUGGUGCUUACCGUCCCCCUGGCGCCCGUGGAACCGCUACUCCCCUCAUGUUUAAGCGCGAGGACGAAGGUGGUGCUGCUUACACCAACACUGGCGUGUCUUCCACUAACGUUGGUUUCCAAAACGGAUUCGGACGAGGCGGGCGCCGUCAGGUACCUGGUGCUGAGCCCGUCCAGAACCUGCCUCCUGGUGCCGCUCCUGGUGGCGGUGUUAGUCUCUCUGGCACCGGAGAGGACCAGGAGUUGUCGAAGGCGGCUCAAAAGAACAAGAAGAAGCGUGAAGCGAAGAAAGCUCGUGAGGCCGCGGACAAAGCUGCAGGUCUCAGUGCCGAUGCGCCGACAGGACCCGCCGCUCGUAGUCCCGAGAGCCGCGAUGGUCGUCAGCGAAGCCUCAGCAAGAACGGAAACGGCAGGAGCUCCAGCCAGCAGCGUCCGUUCGGAAACAGCCCGGAUCGCCGUGCGCAAGGCCAACCCCGCCAGAAUGGUAGCCAGCAGCAGCAGCGUAGUCAGGAUGCUCGCAACUCUCCUUCUGUGCAGACUUCGAACGUACCUGCCCCUGACCUCACUGUUACUAGCCCUGGUGAAGGUGGAGGACUUCAGGACAAGAAGAUCCGUGGUCUGCUUAAGAAGGUUCGCGCCAUCGACGAGCUCAAGAUGAGGCAAGCUGGUGGUGAGAAGUUGGAGGACACCCAGAUCAAGAAGAUUGGUACCGAGGAGUCCAUCCGCAAAGAGCUCUCUGGGCUUGGGUUCACGGGUUAG